GAGAGACAAGGGGAGAGAAGGGCAAUAACUCAUUAGAAGAAGCUCUGUGUGCAUUCUGCUAUUUGGCACACAUCUACAAGAAAGUUUCUUCAGAGUGCAGAGAAACCUGUGAACGGUCGGAAUAUUAUAAGUCUUUCCUUGAGAUGUCAGUCAAGAGCUUCAGUACAGUCACAGUCACUACUGUGCUUAUUUUCUUCCUAAAGAUACAACUCUCAGUGCAAGCGCCGUUGAAUGGGUCAAAAUGGUCUUAUAUUGGUCCCGAUGGAGAGAAGGCCUGGCCAAAGAAAUACCCAUUUUGCGGAGGAGUUUUCCAAUCGCCAAUAGAUUUCCACAAAGAUAUUCUCCAGUAUGAUUCUAAUCUCUUGCCUUUAGAAUUCAUAGGCUAUAACGUGCCCUCCACUGACCACUUCACAUUGAUCAAUAAUGGUCAUUCAGUGAAAAUGUAUCUGUCGCCUACUAUGUACAUCAGAAACCUCCCAUUUGAAUACACAGCAUCUCAACUUCACCUGCACUGGGGAAACAGAAACAAGUCAGAAGGCUCCGAGCACACAGUCAGUGGGAAGCAUUUUGCAGCAGAGCUGCAUAUUGUACAUUACAACUCUGAGAAAUAUCCAGAUGUAACAGCAGCAAUGGACAAAUCUGACGGACUGGCGGUUUUGGCUAUUCUUCUUGAGAUUGGACCCUUCAACCCAUUCUACGAAAAGAUCUUCAGGCACUUCCGGAAUGUGAAAUACAAGGAUCAGAUGGUCCAAGUCCCUGGUUUCAAUGUUCGAGAACUGCUUCCUGACAGACUGGAUGAGUAUUAUCGCUAUGAAGGAUCCUUGACAACUCCUCCUUGCUACCCUAGUGUUCUCUGGACAGUUUUCCGACACCCCGUUAAAAUUUCACAAGAGCAGUUAUUGGCACUGGAAACAGCCAUGUACUGCACAGAGAGUGAUGACCCAGAACCACUGGAAAUGGUCGACAACUUCCGAAAUGUUCAGGAAUUUCAUGAAAGGCUGGUUUUUAUCUCCUUCCGUGAAGGUUUUGUUGUUUCUGUUGUGACAGGCUGCAUUCUGGGAGUUCUCAUCAUUCUUGCAGUAGCCUUCUGGCUACUGAAGAGGAAAAGCUGCAAAAAGGGAGGUGAAGACAACAGAGGAGUCAUCUACAAGCCAGGCACGUACAAGGAGGACAAAGACAUCUCCAAACUUUGAUGCCCUGCUCUGCCACAACAGCCCCUUUUCAUUCAUUGCACUGAUUUAUUUUGCAUUGGUGGAACACAUCUCUUGUUCUUGGCUAAUGAUAAGAGUGUUCUGAAAACA